AUGGUUGAUGUUGAUGGGAUCCUCUAUAUGGAAAACACGCCGGAAAAGGAUGGUGUACAAUGGUUAGAGACAGAGAGCGAGCCAGUGGAACCCCUGAUUGAGGUAACUAUUACGAAAGACGCUGAAAUCCUAUGGCCUAAGGGAGUGGGAGAAUGGAUGCAAGCUCCAAAGAGGGUAUGGCGAGGCCCUCUAAGGAACUCUACAACGGUUACUGGGAGAAAAAGAGGAUCCACCUUGGGGAAGGCAAAAAUGGCGGUCACCAACCGUUUUGAGGUUCUUAACAGUGACAAGCCGGAUGAGGAAAAAGGAGGCUCUAUGGUCCAAAAGGAUUUCGACCAAGGGAAAAGCCCAGAAAAAAUAACAUCUUCAAUAGGCCUGCAUCUGCGAUGGCUAACAAUUGGUAUCAGAGCUCGGAUUCUCCGACUGUUGGUAACGAUGGUCGAAACAAGAUCUGAGGAGCAGAUUAAGAAAUUUAUCCAUGAAUUGGUCUCGAUAGUGGAGAAAAGGGUUGAUAAUAAUAUUCAAUCUUUGGAUACGAGGAUGAUUAACAUGGAUAAUAGCAUUCUGGGCAUAAAAUCGCAACUGGAAAACUACCAGGAGAGUACGAAGGCACACUUGGAAAAGAUUGAAGCUUGGAUGCAAAUCAUGGUAAAGGAGAAAUUUACAUUCAAAGGAGAGAGUUCAUCUUCUGAGAUGGAGAAACCUGGAAUACUGCCUUCGCCGGAUAAAUCCCCCAAGGAAACUACUCUUGAUCUCCAGGCAAAAAGGUUGAAAUUUCCAGGGAGCAGUGUGCAAAAACCGCCAAACAUUAAAGAAGAAGGGAUAGAAAACUCUGAUUUGGAAAUAUUUGAAACCCCUGAUGAGGAAAUUAUCACAGAAGGAGUGAGACGACUGUACCUAAAUGCUCUUGAUGGUAAAGCAAAGAGGAAAACAAUCAUAGUCAGGGGUAGGAUAAAAGGAAAAUGGGUGAAUAUUCUCAUUGAUACGGGAGCUCACCAGAGGACCGAGGAGAUAUGUGUUGUAUGGAGGUACUCAAGAUCCUUCUGUAAACAUGAUCAGGCAGGGCUAUCUAAGAGAAUAUCUGGAAGUCAAGAAGAGGAAGAGAUAUUGUAA